AUGCCUGCAUCGUGCGUUAUACCCGAUUGCGACUUAAAAUACACGCAUAACGACGAUGUUUCAUUCCACAAAUUUCCUCUCCGAUCACCGGAACUUCUCAAGCAGUGGAUACAGUUUACCGGACGCGAUGAGAACUGGCACCCGACGAAGUGGAGUGCCCUUUGCAGUAGACACUUUGUGGCGAGUGAUUUUAAGGGAUGUGCUUCCCGAAAAAUACUACUGUCAUCGGCUGUUCCUUCUGUUCGUCCCUCAGCAUGCAAGAUCCAAUCGGGUGAUCUCUCACUGCCCGUAAUAUCGUACGAAACGGUCUGGUCCGAGGUGGCACCUGCGCGUCACGAGAUGGAUUACCUUCCUGAAGAUCUGGACAAUGCCGGGCUGAGUGGUACUCUUUGCCCUGUAAUAGCUUCGGAAAGCGUUGAGGAGUAUGAGAGUGAUAUUCAACUGGCUGAGAUUACCUGCCGGGUCUGUGGAGUCAUCUUCAGCCGCGCCGUGGAUAGCGUACUGAACGAUCUCGCACACUCGGAAGACGUGGUAAGGAAGUAUCUGCCAUUCGUUAACCUUGACCUGCCGAAUUUGCCGCGCAAAAUAUGUCUACACUGCGCGAAGGUGGUAGAUGGAUUUUCCAAGUUUAGUGACAGUGUGCUGCGGGCCCAGUCCGAUUUGGAGCAUCGAUUUGCACAGCAAGCUUUUGCGCCUUUCAUUCCGAUGAAUCAUUUUCCUGCGGAAACAUACACCCAGCAGGAAAUGGUUGCGGGAAAACCUAUGAACAUUAAGCAGGAACCUAUUGCGAGUUUGAACAUAAAGGAGGAAAAAACUGAAAACGCUAUCAAUAGCGCACGGCAGAAGGAUUUCGUGCCGCCGGAGGAAACGUUCGAAAGACCUGUGAUUAUUAAGAAUCAAGCAGUAUCUGGCGAUCCAAACAGAAUGUAUCUGUUUAACAAUACCGGUCAGGAUAAUACGGGCGUCCCAGCUACCCCAGCUACCUCACUGAUGAAACAACAGGCCCGUGAAUCUUCGAAGAACUGCGAAAUACUUGAAAUUGUGAACCUUUAUCCACCCAUCGUGGACAUUACCAGUACAACGGUGACGGAAGUGCAACCGUACGAAAUUACACUGCCAUCGGUUACCACAACCCCUGCGCCGGAUACAUACUCAUCCUUACCGACUACCAGUGCCAGUUCGGCACAGUUUGUGAGCAGCUUGAAGGUGGAAAACACAACCGAAUUGGAUGCGGAACCGGAAGACUUUUAUCUGCCGGAAAAGUUUCUUUACCUCAACACACUGGAGGAACACAGCUAUACCAAGCUGCCAAUCCAAGCGGAUGAUAAUAAGGAUGAGAUUUUCCACGAUAUGCCCGUCGGAAGCGGGCAAUGGUUCGUGUCGACGGAAAUUCCAACGCCACAAAAGAACGAACCGUUACCGGCGAAAAAAAUAUCCUGCUGGUCGUGUAGGUACUGUGAGCGACAAUUUCCCCACUACCGACGAAUGUUGUGCCACCGGCUGUGGGACUGUAGUACCGGGCGAAAAAAGCAGUCUUUUUGCUGUACAUUUUGUCGUCGUAAGUUCAGCAGCAGGGCGAAAGCACGCGUACAUAUGUGUUUGUGCGCAAAAAGGGCCUUAAAAACAAAGAGUCUCAAAUGGAAAAGGAAUCUUGCCCGAGCAAAACAUCGGCAGACGGAUAAGACGGGGCUGGAGCGGAUAGAGUCCAAUCGGGGUACGGUUGUCACAGAAAAGAAUUCUUGCACAAUGUGUGAUAGAUCGUACGCGAAUGCAUCAAACUUACGGCGGCAUCUCGCGUCCCAUCGGCCACCGGAACAGUGGAACCACAAGUGCGGCGUAUGCUUCCGCAUCUUCGACAAAUUGUUCGAUUUGAAGAAACAUUUACAGAUUGCGUCCUGUGGCAAUGGUACCGGGUCGGCUGUUUCAAGCACGGAAGCGCAAGUGCCGAAGGCCGAUCUUCCCGCACUGAGCGAUAUUAUAAAACCGAUCGAAACUUCCGCUCCACCCGCUGCCUCCCAUCAUCUACUGUACGUUUGUCCGACCUGUGACAAAAUGUUCCAAUCGUACAGCGGUUUGAAGGUGCACGAACCGGUCCAUACAGGCACGAAGGCGUACAUUUGCGAAAAGUGUGGCAAAUGUUUUUCGGGCCCAUCGCAUCUGUGGCAGCACCAGCUCACACAUUCGGAGUUGCGCCAGUACAACUGCAAACAGUGCCCGAAGGUGUUCAAACGGAAGUGUGGUCUCAGCCAGCACGUGCGUGCUAUCCACAUGAAGAUUAAACCGUUCCAGUGCCCAACCUGUGGCCAUGAGUACGCCUUAAAGGCUGACAUGACCCGAUGUAGACAUUCCCGGUUGAACGAUCCGAGCAUGGUUUCGGGUUGCUAG